GUCGCCCUGUCCACUCCCAGCCCACCACCGCAUCUCCUCCUCAACUGAAUCCCCCCGCCUAGAUUCCUAAUCCCCUCCCCCAAUCCCAUCCCGACACCCACGCCCACGGCGGAAUCCCAUUCCGAUUCCCCCCUCCCUCCCUCUCUCCCCUUCCUUCCCCUCCCCGCCGUCGCGUGGGCUAGGGUUUGCUCCACCGCCGGCCUCCUCCGACGCGGCACGGGGCCCGGAUGCUAUGCUGCUGAGCUGCAGGUCCCUCGCCACCUGGGUGCGCCGCCUCGUCGCUUGCAUGGGAGGUUGCUUUGGUUGCUGUGUUAAGCCCACUCCAAUAACAGCCGUCGACGAGCCUUCCAAGCGGUUGAGGAUCCAGGGGCGCUCGGUAAGGAAGGCUAGCUUGUCGGAGGACUUUUGGAGCACGAGCGCACAUGAGAUGGAGAACAGCGGGAUCCAGUCGCAGAGGAGCAUGUCUUCGAUCAGCACGGUUGCGCAGUCCAGCGAUCAGCAUGCCGCAGGAAGUAGCAGCAAUCCAAAUGAGUUUGUAAGUCAAGGUCUUAUGCUCUGGAACCAGACCAGACAACAGUGGGUUGGAAACAAGAAAUGCCAGUCCCGGUCUCAACAGCUCCGAGAACCAAAAUUAAGUUGGAACACAACGUAUGAGUCUCUGCUGGGAAGCAAUAAGCCAUUCUCCCAACCGAUACCUCUUGGUGAAAUGGUAGAUUUGCUUGUGGACGCUUGGGAGCAAGAAGGCCUGUAUGAUUAGGCCAGUGAAGUUCAUUGUUUGACUCAGAUUGAUCGCUUAAUUGUAUUCAGAACUUCAGAUGCACAGAAGCUCUAGGUUCUUGAACGUAUUACAUUUCUGAGCUCAAUAGUGUAUCAUGAUAUCAUCAAACAGGGCAGCAUUAUCAUUAAUCAAUUGUAGUAUAUUAAUCCUGUCAA